CCGUGUGGCGGAAGGCCGCGGAGGGCAAGAUGGCGGCGGGCGGAGCGCCGCCUCUUCCGCCCCGCCGGGUGUCGCACGAGGCCGGCCUAAAGGGGAAGUGAGUCAGUGUCCGCGGACCCGGCCCGCUAAGGCCCGCGCCCGCCGAGGCCCCAAGAGGCCUCGGCCCGGCGGCGGGGGCGGCGGCGGCGGCCAUGGCCGGGGGGCCGGGCCCCGGGGAGCCUGUGGUUCCAGGCGCCCAGCACUUCUUGUACGAGGUGCCACCCUGGGUUAUGUGCCGCUUCUACAAAGUGAUGGACGCCCUGGAGCCCGCCGACUGGUGCCAGUUCGCGGCCUUGAUCGUGCGCGACCAGACAGAGCUGCGGCUGUGCGAGCGCUCCGAGCAGCGCACAGCCAGUGUUCUGUGGCCCUGGAUCAACCGCAACGCGCGUGUGGCUGACCUCGUUCACAUCCUCACGCACCUGCAGCUGCUGCGUGCGAGGGACAUCAUCACAGCCUGGCACCCUCCUGCCCCUGUUGUGCCCCCAAGCACCGCUGCCCCAAGACCCAGCAGCAUCUCUGCAGGCUCUGAGGCCGAGGACUGGAGCCCCCGGAAAUUGCAGUCCUCUGCUUCCACCUUCCUCUCCCCAGCUUUUCCAGGCUCCCAGACCCAUUCUGAGUCAGAGCUCCUCCAGGUUCCACUCCCUGUUUCCCUCCGACCACCACUACCAUCUUCAGCCCCUUCCUCCACCAAGCCAAGCCCAGAGAGCCCAGUGUCUGGCCUCCAAAGAGCCCAUCCCUCCCCAUUUUGCUGGCCCUUCUGUGAGAUUUCCCAAGGCACCUGCAACUUCUCUGAAGAACUCAGGAUUGGAGAGGGUGGUUUUGGAUGUGUAUACCGAGCAGUCAUGAGAAAUACUACAUAUGCUGUGAAGAGACUGAAGGAGGAGGCUGACCUAGAGUGGACUAUGGUGAAACAGAGCUUCUUAACAGAGGUGGAACAGCUAUCAAGGUUUCGUCACCCAAAUAUCGUAGACUUUGCUGGCUACUGUGCAGAGAGUGGCUUCUACUGCCUUGUUUAUGGCUUCUUGCCCAAUGGCUCCUUGGAGGAUCAGCUCCACCUUCAGACCCAGGCCUGCUCCCCCCUUUCCUGGCCUCAACGACUGGACAUUCUUCUGGGCACAGCCCGGGCUAUUCAGUUUUUACAUCAGGAUAGCCCCAGCCUUAUCCAUGGAGACAUCAAGAGUUCUAAUGUGCUUCUGGAUGAGAGACUGAUGCCCAAGCUGGGAGACUUUGGCCUGGCUCGUUUCAGCCGCUUUGCAGGGGCCAAACCAAGCCAGAGCAGUACUGUGGCCAGGACUUGCACAGUUCGAGGUACCCUCGCCUACCUGCCUGAGGAGUACAUCAAGACAGGCCGACUGGCUGUGGACACCGAUACCUUCAGCUUUGGGGUGGUAAUACUGGAGACCCUUGCUGGUCAGAGGGCUGUGAGGACACAAGGUACAAAGACCAAGUAUCUGAAAGACCUGAUUGAAGAUGAGGCUGAAGAGGCCGGAGUGACCCUGAAAAGCACCCAGCCUACUCUGUGGGUGGGUGUAGGCACGGAUGCUUGGGCUGCUCCAAUUGCUGCCCAAAUCUAUAAGAAGCACCUGGACUCCAGACCUGGGCCCUGCCCACCCCAGUUGGGCCUGGCCCUGGCUCAACUAGCUUGCUGCUGCAUGCACCGUCGGGCCAAGAAGAGGCCCCCCAUGACCCAGGUAUACAAGAGACUAGAAGGGCUUCAGGCAGGGCCUCCCUGGGAGCUACAGGUUGCCGGCCAUGGCUCCCCUUCCCCACAGGAGAACUCCUACAUGUCCACCACUGGCAGUGCCCAGAGUGGGGAUGAACCAUGGCAGCCUCUAGUAGUGACCACAAGAGCCCCAGCCCAGGCUGCCCAGCAAUUCCAGAAAAGUCCCAACCAGCCAGUGGAGAGUGAUGAGAGUGUUCCCGGCCUCUCUGCUACCCUGCAUUCCUGGCACUUGACUCCAGGUUCCCACCCAAGCCCAGCAUCCUUCAGAGAGACUAGCUGUACCCAGGGAGGCACUACCAGAGAAUCAAGUUUGAGGAGUAGCCCAGGCUUCCAGCCUACAACCAUGGAAGGCUCAUCCACAGGCAGCUCAGCCCUGCUAUCAUCAGAACCACCACAGAUCAUCAUCAACCCAGCCCGACAGAAGAUGGUACAAAAGCUGGCUCUUUAUGAGGAAGGGGUCUUGGAUAGCCUGCAACUGCUGUCAUCAGGCUUUUUCCCAGGCUUGGAUUUAGAACCUGAAAAGAGACAGGGACCUGAAGAAAGUGAUGAAUUCCAGAGCUGAUUUGUUCAUCCUGACAAAUCCCUCAGACUCAGAUGUCAAAGUUCUCAUGGUUGGAAGUUCUCAUGGUGUGCAAACUCCUCAGUAGCCCAAAGGCAUCAGGUGUGGGGGCUCACCCUGGCAAAGGAGAGAGAGUAGUGGACCCUGCUGUUCUCAGAAUGUAAGCACAGACAGGGCUAGCCAAAGAACUUGAUAGAGGCUGAUAAGGCAGGCAAUGUCGGGCCAGCAUUUGUGAGCAAGGCAAGCAGAGUACCUAAGGAAUUGGGUAGUACAUAACAGAAGACUGCUAGCUACACAGGCCCAGAGGACAUAAGUGGGUCUGUUUGUAUGGUGGGAACUGGCUCCCCUGAGAGCUAGACAAUAUAUCUGCAGUCUAUGAGUCUGUUCCUUAGAACUUCCCUAAAACCACAAGCGAAAGUAGCUAUUGUGCUUGUAAAUUGCAAAAAAAAAAAAAAGAGUGUCUUACAGUUCAGUCCACUAGCUAGAAGUGAGCACUCCGAGUUUCUCCCAAGAGUCUAAUAAAAACCCCCUCCCCAUCUUGGGUGGAUAUAUGCAAGCCUUGCCAGAUACCAGUGAGCUAGUUUCAUAUGACUACCUUGCCUGCCUAGGCAGGCUGUCUGUAUACCCUGCAAAUUGACUGGUUGCCCAAGAAAGAAGAAACUGAGAGCAAAGCUAAGUAUUUGAGGAGGGAAGAAUGUUACAUUAAAAAAAAAAAAACAAAAACAAAAAACCAACAAGUUUUUGUGUAAUUAAGUGUCUUCACAAGUAAUCCAGGGUUAUAGCCCAGGCUUACAAUGAUUCUGUGUUUGAGUCAUGAGUCACACUACAUGCCCCUGUGGAAUUGGUGACAUCCAAUUUGUCCUUGAGUAAUAAAAGCGUACAUUUCACUGUCUGGUUAAACUUGUGGAAUUUGUUGUACUAAAAGUGUUAUGCUUUCCUAAUGCUUUAAAUCUCUAGGUUCUUAAGUGUCCACCCAAAACUCAGGCCCCUGGCGUUUGUUCUUUUCUCUUGUCAAGCCCAGACUGGGGAUAGAUUCCCAAUGCUGCUCCCCUUGCUUUCAUGUCUUGCAGAUUUCAUGGAUAUUGAUGCUAUUGGAAAUGAAGCCUUCAUGUCUGAAUUAUUCAUCAAUCAUAUAUAGAAAUUUAAUUGAGUUUUGAUUCUUAUCUUUAUUCUGUGACCUUACUUAUUAGUCCCACUUGUUUUGGGGGUGAUUACUCUGAGAUAGUUUGUAUACAAUCAUCCUAUCUGAAAAUAAAGACAAUUUUACUUCAUUGCCAACCUA